GGUUUACUCAAUGUAAUGGUACAUUUCCGAAUGAAGUUACUUCAUUUUCUUUUAGCCCGAACCCAAUAAUUGCCGGUCAAAAUGUUACAUACACUAUUUCUGUAGAGGACACAGCAACAGUCCAACACGGGGCAACAUUAAAUAUUACAAUAUAUCACCAACAACAAGUAAUGUUUAAUGUAGUUACUGAUUAUUGUAAAGAUUUGAUUGAAGCAAGUGGUUACAAAUGCCCUCUUGAGCCUGGAAACUACACAUUCGUUUUUUCUGAGUAUAUGAUGACUACUCCAAAUGACCCGAAAAACACUACAGUUGAAUUUAAUUCAAAAACUGAAAUUGCCAAUCCUGGAGAUCCUAAAACUGUCUUGACUUGCAUAGAAAGAAAAUAUUCUGUUUAUUAUCC